AUGCUAAGAAUAUUUUAUUUCAACAGGUUCCAAAAACUAAAAACUCAUAAUAAUAGAUAUCAAUAUUUCAAAGUACAAACUACUAAUGAUAUUGAUAAAUGGAUUAAUAAAACUAAUAAUCAAAGAUUGGGUAGUACAGAACAUGAUUGUUAUUUACCUAAUUAUGCUAUAUUAAAUAAAAAUGGAUUAAUUGAGUUACGAUCAAUUCUAGAACCAGGGUUUUUCUUAUAUAUCAAUGAAUCAGAAUUGGAAAAAGCAAUUUAUCAAUAUUAUCAAGUUACAAUUAAAGAUUUUUGUGUGUUUUAUAGUUUUGAUCGAGAUUUAGAUAUGAUUCAAAAAAAGAAACAAAACAAUAGUAGUAGUAUUACCACUAGAGGAAAAAUCAUUCAUUGUAAAACUUCAAAACCAAUUUUUAUUAAAGUUCAAGAAAAUACUCAUCAUCAACAAGAUCCAUUUUUCAUACGAGAUGAAAUUCAUAUGAAAAUGAAAAAUGAUGGAUUUAAACAAUAUAGUAAAUCAUUUUAUUAUAUAAAUUCUAAAGAUCAACAAAUUGAAUAUUCAGCAGCAAUUUUAUCAUUAUUAAAUAAAUAUAUUGUUGUUAAUAAAAUUGUUUCUGUACCAUUGUCAUAUGUUGAUAUUUAUGAAAAAUUUAAUUUGAAUAAACAUAAUUGUGGAGAAGGAUCAUUUAUAAAUCGAGUUUUUGAAAUCAAUGAUAAAUUGUUAAAAAAAUAUGCAUAA